UGUCAUUGGUUGUAAUUCUCCUAACGUGUCAUAAACACACAGAGAUAUCUGUGCUGUCACAAACCGUAAAAUCUGGAGUGCCACAGCUAAAAACAGUAGUAUUGAUAUUGUUAAACCAAUGCAGCGGUUAAAACGCGGAGGAACUGUUGGUUUGAAUAGAUAAAGGAAGGAUGGAGAACAUUCAAAAUCUUCCCAUCGACAUACAAACCAACAAGCUGUUGGAUUGGCUGCUCGACCGGCGACACUGCAGUGUGAAAUGGCAGAAUGCAGUGAAAACCAUCAGAGAGAAGAUCAAUGCUGCCAUGCAAGACAUGCCAGAGAACGAGGAGAUCAAGCAGCUGCUCUCUGGAUCAUACAUUCACUACUUUCACUGCUUGAGGAUCGUUGAGAUCCUAAAAGGAACUGAGGCUUCAUCAAAGAACAUCUUUGGUCGAUACUCAUCUCAGAGGAUGAAGGAUUGGCAGGAAAUUGUGUCCCUUUAUGAAGCAGACAAUGUUUAUUUGGCGGAGGUGGCCAGCCUACUGAUUCGUAACGUGAGUUAUGAAGGUCCCGCUCUGAAGAAGCAGCUGGCUAAAGCUCAGCAGCUGCAGCAGGAGCUCAGCAGGAGGGAGGUGGAGUGCCAGAGCUCUGCAGCAGAACUGAGGGAGCGCUACUACGCCGCCUGCAAACAGUACGGCAUCUCCGGCGACAGUGUAGCACGAGAGCUUCAAGCUCUGGUGAAGGACUUACCAGCAGUUCUGGAGGAAGUUGGCAAAGAUGCAGCAAAGUUAGAGGAAACGAUUAAGCUUUACGCUGCCUUCACAAAUUUUUUGUGUGACUGGUCUGAACCCGUCCUGCCUUUGCUGACCUUCACAAUAAAGAGAGGGAACGCAACGUUUUAUGAGUGGAGAACCGGGAAAGCGCCCUCGUCCGUGGAAAGGCCAGUGGUGGAGGAACCGUGUCCUGAAAGCCUCUCAGAGGAUGCGAUUGACUGGGGCAGCUUUGGGACAGCAGAGGGUAACUCGGGUGUGGAUGUUGGCAUCACCGUUGAGGAUGGGGUUGACUGGGGAAUCAGUCUGGAGCCGGCAGCAGAGGACCCAGCAGGAGGCGCCAUCGACUGGGGGGACUCUGAAGCAGCUCCCCUUGAAAUUGAAAUAGUUGACGCAGGGACAGACUGUCCAGAGGGUGUGGCGAGGGGGGAGGAUGCGCUCGGUGUCCUGGAAAACUCUCAGUCACGCAGUCAGUUUAUUGACGAGCUGAUGGAGCUGGAGGCGUUCCUAACUCAGCGCAUUGUUGAGAUGGGGGAGGAAGGCGAUGUGGUGGCGAUGAGUCAGUUCCAGUUGGCGCCCUCUGUCAUCCAAAACCAGACCCGCCAACACGUCCAGGAGAUGCUCUCUGAGGUGCAGGACCUCCUCGGCCGACUCACCUCUCUCCGGAUGCAGCACCUCUUCAUGAUUCAGGCCUCCCCACGGUAUGUUGAGCGUGUGUCAGACAUGCUGCGACAGAAGCUGAAGCAGGCAGACAUUCUGGUGCUUAAAGCUUCCACGAUGGUUGAGAGGAGGCAGGAAGCCUUAGAGGAACAGUCCAGACUUGAACCUCGUGUUGACCUGCUGGCACUGCGCACCCGGGAACUCCAGAAACUGAUUGAAGCCGACAUUUCAAAGAGAUACCACAACAGACCAGUCAAUUUGAUGGGAGUUAAUAUAUGAUUAACUCUACAAAUAAUAAAAGAAAUUAUCAUGAUUGAAAGGGCAAAUAAAAAAUGUUUUUUAAUUAUCA